GUAGCCUGAACCCAGACGCCGAGUUGUUGUGCCCCUUGCUCUCUUACACUAGCGUUGCCUAUUGACGUAUCUUUGCGAAGUGUACGGCAUUUGUGGGGACGGAGCCAUGCAGCCGACCAACUUAGCGCGGUUUAACGGUCACUCGGGAAUGCCUUUUUUUAUGACAGCGAAUAUGCUAUGCUGCGUUUUGUACGCAUAUUAGUGGCUAAGGAUGGCUUAGACUCUGACAAAUUAGGCGCUUGCACUGAUCUUAAAGCUGGAUUUCCGGCAAGAAACAAUGUCAGGACAGAGUAUCAUUUUUUUUUUAUCGGAGCGUAUGUGCAGUGCUCGAGCGUUUAGGGUAUGAUAUGAAAGAUGCAAAUAUAUCGUUCUCAUUAUGACCCCCCUCACCGGAGUCAAGCACUAGCAUGCUCCCCUUCACACUUCCCUUUAGUUUGUAUUUGUUUCCUCAUUCCGCCGCAGGAGCCAUGGCGCACGUGGGCUGGGCCCUGUUCAAGAUGCAGGGAAAGAGGCGCUGCUUACGGAAGCUCAACGGCUGCCUGGGUUGCCGACUUCCUCUGUUUCCGCUGCUGGUGCUGUCGCUGCUUGGUGCGCUGGCGCUGCUGUUCGCGGGUCGCCGCGACUGGUCCAAGGACCAGUGGGUGUCGCUGGCGCCGAAACGGCUGCUGGUGUACUCGGCCUGGUCCGAACCCCGCGGCGACGUGCACGAGGUUCGCGUCAUCGCUCUGCUCGCUUCUCGCGGCGCACUCCGGGGGCGCCUGCUCUGCACGCUCGCCUACCUCAACUACUCGCACGUGCAGGUAGUGGCGGCGCGCGUCGACCCCCUGAACGCCACGGUGCUGACGGGUCACCCGAGGGGCCCCUUGCUCGAGCCGGGCUUCGUGUUCUGUCCGGGCGACCCGCAGCUGCAGGCCGACGAAGUGGGUCUGCGCCUGGUCGACACGAGCCGCGUCCACUGGCUGCCCGUGGGACACGCGCCUUCGACCAUCGCCGACCCCUCCCCCGCUACCGACGGCGCCGCCAUUGUCCGAGCCAACAGCGUCCCGGCCGCCAAGUUUGGGGCAGUGGUUUGCGCGCUGUCCGUAUUCGACGCGGCGACGGAGGAUCUGCUGCUCGGGGAGUUCGCGGCCCACUACACCGAGCUGGGCGCCACGCACUUCGUCUUCUACAACCGGACGCAGUCGCGACGAGCUCGGACGUUCUUUGGAGCCCUUACUACGGUGGUCUCAGUGGAGUACCUCCCUUGGACUCGCCGUGACGCACGCUCUCUCUUGGCGUACGACUGCGCGCUGCGGAUGCGCGGCCGCGCCGACGUCCUGGCGGCCGUGGACACGGACGAGCGGCUAGUCCCGUGGCGCGCGUUGGCCGAAGGCGCCGUGAGCAAGGAAAGCGGCGGCUACGCGGCUGACUGGAGGUUGUCCGACGUUCGGGGGUCGCUGGUGCGGCUGUCGCGAAAGACCUUCUGCGGAGCGGGCGGCGACGUCUCUCAGGGCGCGGCCACGUUGCUGUCGCGCGGCCGCAGACUCGGGGACAUCCAGCCCGCCGGAGUGGUGGUCGCCGAUCUGAACGCGCUGCUCGCCGGCACGCUGGGCUCGCACCACUCCAGACGGGUGCUCGUGCACAGGUAUUCCGAUGCAGAGUGUCCCGCCGGAGCAGUAGUGGUAGACAAGUCGGCAGCCGAAGUCGAGCGUCGGACGCAGUCGUCGCAGGCCAUGAUCCUGUGGAGGGCGCUGUUCGUCAGCUGAGACUCGCCCCACCCUCGGACAGAACGCAGUGCACGCAGCCACGGAGGAUAGACACCUUAGUCGAGCUUUCGCUGCCUCUGCGCAGCCUCGACGAACCGAACUUAGGCUGGCUGUCGGCGUGCUCAUUCCUCGAAGACGUUUGUGCGUGUGUGUUUGUGCGUGUGUGCUUUUCUGUGUGUCGCAAAAAAAAAAGAAGCUGCGCGAAGACGU